AUGGAGUUCCAACGACGAAAAGGAAUGAUUCAGAGGCAGCCUAUGGGAACGAGGGUGUUAUUAGAUAAGCAGCCUAUCUUUAAUAGUCAAGAGGUUUAUGCUCAGCUUAAGAAACGGAUUCUUAAUGGGUAAGAUUGAUUUAUUAAUUAUUUUUCGAUUGGAACUAGCUUAAAUUGACUUACAAGAAGCUUAUUGUUUUAAAAGAGCUGUUUAAAAGAUUUUUAAAUUAAUUCUGGACUUCUAUUUCAUUGACAACAACCUUUUUUGGUUUUGGGAAAAGUAUUUCCCUUUUUUUGAUUAUAGGUCGAGUGUUUUAGCUAACAAAAUUCUAAUUAAAUACUUUAAAAAAUCAAAAUUUAAAGUUUUUUUUGAAAUUUUUGGUUUUUUGAAUAAAAAAUAACCUUUUUAAUAAAAAAAAACGUUCCUUGAAGGCAGAAAACUAGAGGAAAAGUGAAGGAAAACCCCAUUUUCAGUUUUAAAAAGCCCUCGCUUCACGAAAAUGUGUGCGGAAAAAUCCUUAGACAUUUUUGUGAAUAGCCGGGACUUGAAAUUAGUCUAUUAAUCCUUAAAAUUUUUGGAUUUUUUCAAAAGUUUACGGCUACAAGUACUUAUGUUGAAGAAAUAGUUAUAUAUAUAUUUUUACCGUAGUAAAAUUUCUUUUCUUGAGUAAUGAGUACAGUAAUCGAGCUAUAAUAAAAAAAUCCCUACGCGUACUAUUCAAUUUUAUUUUUGAAUAUUAUACUAUAUCUUGUCCGUACCACAUAGUAAUAAAGAUCCCAUUUCUCCACGACUCUUUGUUAUAGGGAUAUUGAGCCUACCGGACUCAUACAGUACUCUAGUAUACAGUAGGUGAAAGAAAAAAAUUUUAUUUUUGAACUCAGCAUGGUGCAAAACCUUUAUAUUCUUUUAUAAAUUUUGGAUUUUUUAAAAAAAAAGUUUUGAAAUUUGACGUCCUAUUUGGGUCUAAAACAUACAAAAACAAAAAAAAAUUUUUUUUAUUAAUAAACGUUAAUUAAAAUCAAUAAAUAAAGUCAAAGUAAAGAUGUAAAAAAAAUUGAUCCAUUUACAAACAUUUUGAGCCAAAUUAUAAUAUUAUGAUUAGUCAAAAUGAGUAACUGCCUUAGGUUCACGGCCUCAUAACUCAGGCUUUCCCCAAUUUCAGGAAACGUGACUACACUUAUUUUAAUGGUUUAUACCUCUAUUUUAAUAAUUUAUGUUGAGCGUCUUCACAAACUGCUUUUAUUUUGAGAAAAAUGGCAUACUGUAAAAUUCUUACUAUUUUUUAAAGUUUUUUUUUAAUUUUUAAAUGCCUUCCAGGCAUAAUGGAAAAAUGUUGUCAAGAGCACAAAUUCUUAUCGUGAAGCCCUCUAUUAAAGGACCAGUUCGCCCAUUCAAAUAUCAUUGGCAUUCUGUCGCAAAAAUUCGACGUUCAUUUUUUCGCAAAAAACCUGAGCAGGUCGGUCCCAAACUGGAAAAUUCAUUUCGACACCGACCCACUCACGUUUUUUGAGAAAGAUGAUUUUGAUUGAAAUUGCCUGAUUUUCGACGCUUUUUGCGACAGAAUGCCAAUGAUAUUUGAAUGGGCGAACUGGACCUUUAAACAAAAAAAGUUUCAUCCAAGUCGGUUAACAGACAAACAAGUUACAAAAUUUAAGUAAAAUCUACAGUACUCCUACAGUAACCCAAAAAAAUAUUUUUGAAAAUAUUUUUCGAUUUUACUUGAUGAGUACUAUCAUUGGUCAGAAAACAAAAAGCUUUAAAAAUAUUUUUUUUUCCGUGUGCCGCCCCAGUCCGUUCAAUGUUCCACUUUAUCGCGUACCUUGUUUUAAUCUUCUUACCUUCGGUAACCUCGCGGAAUUCAAAAGCCCGACGAUAAAUGAACCUAGGUGGGAUGAAUUUAAGCUGUCAUUACAUAAAAAUAAAAAUGGAAAAGCAAUUAUAAGAUCAUUAGACGUAAAUUUAGAGAGUGUUUAACGCUGAGGUAGUCUUUGGCAUCAGUUUAGGUAGAGGUUAACAUAAGUUUAGAGUUUGUCUUUGGCAUAAGAUAAAGUAGGGUUUGGCGUCAGUUUAGUUAGCGAGGAUUUAGAGUAUUGAGUUGUUCUUCAAGGUUUGCUUGAACAAAACGACUUCUUAUAUUAACUUUGUUGUUUUAAAAAUGAAGUUUUCAUACAAAAUGUAUCCUGGUGUAAGUACUCUUUUACUAUAGUAAUUUAGUUAUAUAAACCUUACUUUUUAAAUUGUCAAAGCAUUUAAACUAUUAAAAACUUCAAGAACGCUCAGUUUAUAUUUUUAAUUUUAAAAUCAAUCAAAAACUAGUUUUUUAAAAAUAAUUUGUUAUCUUUUAGUUCUGGCCACGUAUAGUAGACUACUUGGCACAGGAGGACGUCUGUACUCUCGCCCAGACCAACAAAUACUUUUACAAACUCAUCAACAUGGACUUUCAAAGCUUGUGUUACAGGAAUUUGAUUUUUCGAUUGAAAGACGAAACGUGGUCUACAGCGUUCUCAAAGUAAGUACUGUACAGUGAACACUAUUACAGCAUACAGUGAAAACUAUCAUAGAUAUCAACUUUGUUUCAUAACAAAAUUCAUACUUAAGUGCAGGUUUCAUACUAUAGUAUUUCAGUGCACAAUACCGCAAAAUGAGUCGUAUCAUAUGGCGUAAAGAUGAAGCUAAACUCUCGAAAAACUCAUUUUUCUGCCCUCAUACUGGUACAAUGGCAGUAGUGUUGAAAUACAAACAAGUCAUGUUGACCAACCUCGACUUUGGAAAGAAAGUUUUUGAGCUUUUGAACUUCAGAGGUCAUAAGGGAUACUUACUGAAUGUGCAGCUCAUAAACAAGUCAACCAAACUGAUAGUGGACAUGAAGAACACGUAUGUUGUGUACGACUUGGUCAAGAAAAGGGUAGUGAAAGUCUACUCUGCUCGACCGGAAGAACGCUACAGUACUUUUACACUGUACUACGGUAAUGGUGUACUUGUAGACGUGUACAAUCAACGAGAAUACCCAGUUUUUCCAAUAAAAGUGCCAAAAAUGCCAAAAAUUUACAAUGUAGAUGCGUUUGGCUAUCGGAAAUACGUUGGUUUUGUCAAUGUGCACGGACACUUUAUACUUAUACACACUGAUACUGGAAGAAUGCAGUUUAUGUUUUCAGUUGACGUUGUGUAUUUCGAUCAAUGUGGUGUAAUGGCUGAAAAAUUUGAAUUUGAACGCAGGGAAAUUUGCAUUAUGGAUGACUUGGGUUUUGUCAGAAACACAAGUAAGUUACGAUAUUCAAAACAGUGCGUGUAACACAAUUCCAAAUUUGCCAAAUUGUCUCAAAACUUAAAUACAGUAGCCCCUCUAUAUAACGCAACCUGCAUAACAAACAACUUUUCAAUCCCUAUCUACCACUACACAGUGCAUUUAAAACUCCUGUAUAGCGAAACCUCUUCAUAACGAACAAAUUUUGAACCUCCUAGCGAUUUGUUAUACAGAGGUUUUUGCUGUAUGUGCUGCAAUGAAACUUGAAAGUUUAAAUUUUUUAUUUUUGAAAAUUUUUAUAUUCAGAUUUCUUCAAAGUUCUUGUCUAUGAAAUCAACACGGAACGUUGUAUUUUGGAUGUGCCUGCACGAAAAACAAGUUUUGCGACGAAUUGUGGAGUUGACGGUCUACACUUCACAAACAAAGAUGGACAUGGUAACGUAAGUUUUUAAAAUACCUUAUCUUACCCUACCCUACCCCCACUCUAUCCUAUCUACUCAUGUUCGUCUUUCCAAUUUCGAUACCUUAAUAUAUACCUUUUUUUCAGUUUUUCGGGUACAAUCCAAACAAAAAGCAAUAUGAAAACAUCGGCUUUCUCGAUUAUUGGUUUCUGCCUUGCCCAGAUUGUGAAAAAAUUUCUCUUUUUCCCCAUGAUUAAUAUAUUUUACAAAACAAACGGUGAUCGCGAUAAGAAGGAGUUCAUGAUGGUGGACUGGUCUACAGGUAAGAGGAUUUUACAAUUUGUUUUAUUGAAGUCACGUCUUGUCAUUAAAACUAAUAAAAUUAGAUUGUUCAAAUAAUUCUGUGCUCCUAACCUCUAAAAUACUUGCUUUGAAAGGGGGCACAAUAUUAUUUGAACAACCUACUAUAAUAUCAGGUUGGAUUUAGAAAGUAAUCAAAUUAGGUUGGCAAGUAAAGAAUGUCGAGUUUUACCAAAUGGUUAGGGUAUGGUAGGGCAGGGUUUUUUUAAUCUUGAUGAUGCAGAUGAUUCUGCACAACAUUAUAGCUAACUACAAAGUCUGGCAUUUUUUUGUGUAAUUUUUAAGUUUUUUCUUACACCGCUGACUUCGGGAUUUCAUCGUCAAGUUCAAGUGGUCACAUGUUUCUCGAGGGUAAAGCAGGGUUGGACGCAGGGCAGGGCCCGGUAACAGGGCAUUUUUGAAUUAUGUUUUGGCGCGCUUUUUUUAAAUUUUUAUGGCUAGGCCUAAAAACGCAAAAAUUUCUAGAAAUGGGUUUUAAACACUUUUAAUCCAUUUUACGUUGUUAUUUUCUUGAUAACUAUUACAGUUUUUAAGAUAUGUGUUUGGCGGGAAUACGAAAUUCAAAAAAUGCCUUGUUGAAAUGUCCUACCCUGCGUCCAACCCUGGGGUAAAGCCACCAGUUUUAAAACGCUGAAAUUAACGUUUUUUGGUGCAUUUCUUAGCUGAAGCAGUGCCAAGAGUCACGUGAAUGUUUCGGUUUGCCGCAGUUGCAUAGUGGCCAACUUUGACCUCGUGUAAAAAAUGGCGCGUAACUUGAUCUUUUUUAACGUCUUUAAAAACCCUAAAGGGAAAAAAGUACAAAACAAAAAAAGACGACAACAGAUUCAAUGAUAGCCUAAAACCUUUGGUUUCUAAUGAUAUAAAGCUCAGGGGCAACCCUUUGUUCCGUUUUUGCUCCAGGCGACUACGCUGGCAUCAAAAUCCGACAUUCUUUUCUUGCCAACCUAAUAUAUGGAAGAAUAAAACAAUAUAGAUGAAAUAUAUACAAUAUAAGAAGAAUAAGAAGAUAAACUAUAUAAAUAUAGGAAGAAUAUGAAGAUGAUACGUAUAAUAUAAUAGUAAAAAAAAUAUAAAGUUAAACACCAAAGGUCAUCUUCAUUACAGGCCGUAUGGUUACAAAGUUGUUCAGAACAGAAAUCGACGAAAAAAAGAAUCAAGAAAUCACUUCGUACUACGUUCGACUCAGCAGUAUUAAGCCCAACACAAGAGGGGUCACUGUUGAUACGCCACGACAUGUGAGACAUCGAUUUGAAGAGAUCAUAGAUGAGCUAUCGGCUAGUCAGCUUUGA